GGCGGCGGCGGCUGCGUGUUUCCGGAAGACGUGGCGGCUCGCGCCCAGGCAGCGUCGCCGAGGCUCUUCUCCGCACUAGGCUUCGCAGCGUGGGCCCGGAGGCACCGCGGUCCUCGCCGCCGCCGCCGCCAUGAUCUCCCUCACGGAUACUCAGAAAAUUGGCAUGGGCUUAACAGGAUUUGGAGUGUUUUUCCUGUUCUUUGGAAUGAUUCUCUUUUUUGACAAAGCACUGCUGGCUAUUGGAAAUGUGCUGUUUGUGGCUGGUUUGGCUUUUGUAAUUGGUCUAGAAAGAACGUUCAGAUUCUUCUUCCAGAAGCACAAAGUGAAGGCCACGGGGUUCUUCCUGGGCGGUGUGUUCGUGGUCCUGAUUGGUUGGCCUUUGAUAGGCAUGAUCUUCGAGAUUUACGGAUUCUUUCUCUUGUUCAGGGGCUUUUUUCCAGUGGUGGUUGGUUUUAUCAGAAGAGUGCCUGUGCUCGGAUCCCUCCUAAAUCUACCUGGAAUCAGAUCAUUCGUAGACAAAGUUGGAGAAAGCAACAAUAUGGUAUAACAACACGGGAACUGAAGAACUUAAAUACUGUAUUAUUUAUAAAGCCCUUUUGAAGAAUAUUCAGCACAAAGUUAAAUUUCAUGAACUAGCAUAUAAAGUUCCUUACAGAAGUUUAAAAUGUACGCCCUCCAAAGUCCUAGCAGCUGUGGCAGAAGCAGCGGCAGGCUUCUGAGGCCUGAGGUCCGAGGCUGAGAGGACGGGGCCUGUUGAUGCUUAGUGACUUGAGAGGCUGUUUCUUGGUCUUGCUGCAAUACGGGAAACAGCCGUUAUCAGAACCAUGGCGUCUGUUACUUUUUUUUUUUUUUUUAGGAGAUUCAGGAACACCAAUAGGCAUUUGAUUUUCUAUGAUGUCCAUUGUGAUGGCCCAGAUGUAUCUAGGUAUGCUGGGUUUCUAAUAGUGAUGCCUGGAUUGGAUUGGAUUAUGUCGUCUCCAUGUAUCCGCUCAAGGAAGCCCAGUUUCAUGUGUGAAUCACUUUUUUUGUAAACGGAUAAAAUAAAACUUUUGUGGUCCUUUUGAAUCUUAAUAUUUUGGAGCCAGAUGAAAAUCUGAACUAGAUAGUCAUUUUUUGAAAUAUGCAGAGGUCAUUCUGAGCUGUUACUUCCUUAGUCAUAGCUGACCAUGUUCUUUAUUGACUCUACAACAGUCUGUGCCACUCAGAAGCCAAGCUGAGAGCGUUCUGACCGUGGAGUAGUCUGCUUACAGAGGCUGUUGGAGUCAGUUUUGGGGAUCCUAAACCAUACACACCACAUGAGUUCUCCCAUGGCGUGAUGUAGUUUCUCUUCUUGAGUUCUUAAUGAAAUAUGCCUGUAGUUUCCCACCUUGUUUUCUUAACUUAUGGUGACGUUGAAGGCUUCUGUGACUGUGAGAAGGGCUGACUAUUUAAUCUUGAUUUUUCUUAUUUUCCUCUUUAUUGUAAUAUCCAAAAUUCAGCAUGCACCUCAUCCACUUCCCUCACUGUUUUCCACAUGAGUUAUCAACAUGUAAAAGCCUUUCGUUAUAUCUAAACUGGCCAUCGCUUCUCAUAGACACGAUGCUGGAGAAACAAGCCGUUCUGUUGCUGGUUUACCCACAGGAACAGUGAUGGUUUCCUCCCUUGCCCAAAAUACUAGCCUUCCUGUUAGACAUGGGAGUGCUUCGUCAGACACAGAACUAUUUAUCUACCACUAAUGAUUGCACUAUUUAUUUUUAACAGUCUUGAAGCUUUUUAAUGCAUAAAAUCAUAAUUGAAAUUGUAUUUAUUUUCAAACCGUUUCUGAAAUACGUUACAAGGUUUUUAGUUAAAUCUCUCAAUGCCAGGAGAAUCCCCAGCCUUGCCUAUCUUUGGAAGGAAGGACUGGUUCACAGUGGGAUGGUUCAUUCUUGUGGAUUACUGUCAUGUUUGGUACUUGCAUCUGACUUUAUGGUGUAACCUGUGAAAACUCAGUAAGUGGAGAAUCCUACCUCAGUAGCUCAUGGGAUAGUAAAAGACCUGAUGUUGUGUCUGAUGUUCCUCAAAAAGUCACACCUUUCCUAAAAUGUCAGUGCUAUACUUUGAGAACUGACCUGUGUGUAAGGUGCCCUGUAGAUUUAUAAUAGGCUUUGGCCUAUAUGAUUGACAGUGGCUAGGUAUCACUUCUCUUAGAGCAAGAGUCUGCCAUUUCACUCCUUUGUAGACAACCCUGUCAAGGUGGUUUUCGCACUACAGCAAACAUCCCCUUGCAGCAGUCUGAUUUCAAAAAACACUGAACCUAAGAAGACAUGAGAGGCUCGUAGUAGUAAAGUAGGUGGCGCUGAGGUGCUUUCAGUUUAGGCCUGCAGUUCACUGCAGAGUCUGCAGUGAACCUGAACUGCUUGGCAACACUGCAUUUCUCAAUUAGAGCCUUGAGGCACUGCUUUUAAACAAAGCAACCCUCAGACUUCUGGAUGCCCUAUUGUGGGUUCCCUCAACCCCACCCCCUUCUAAAAUGAGCCUUCUGUCUUUAACAAAAAACAAAAAAACAAAUACUUUGAUUAUUCCCCCCCAAAUGGAGGACAAGGUCCAGUACUCAGCCUUAAGUGUUUCUGUCAUGUUCAAAUGUAUCUUCUGUAACAGAAACAUAACUUGCAAUGUUUUCUUUUUCCCUUAUAAUUCUCUGGAAUUCAGCUGCUUUAAGAAGUCUCAUGGUCAAAUUAUAUACUCUAACAAUGGCAUAUUGUAAAUACACUUGUCUUACCUCAAUAAAAGGGUACUUUUCUAUUCA